AUGGGAGUGCCCUACAGGAGUGCCCUAUGGGAGUGCCCUACGGGAGUGUCCCUAUGGGAGUGCCCUACGGGAGUGUCCUAUGAGUGCCCUACAGGAGUGCCCUAUGGGAGUGUCCCUAUGGCCCUGACGCUGUGUGGCUCCGGGGGCCCGCCUCACGUGAAGCUGGUGGUGGAGUGGGAGCCGCGCCUCAAAGACUGGUAA